CCGACAGGAUUGAGGAACGUGUGCACUUCACGAAGUCACACGACGACCCUUAGACACAGUCUUAUGGACAUUUGACAGGUUUUACUUGCAGCGAUGUCGACAGUUGAAACUCUACAGGCGAACGGCGAAGGUCAUGACACAUCUGCAGUUGCAGAAGUGGACGGUCUUGGUCGCCCCCCGCGCGAACCGCCUAAACCUGCGUCGGUUAAGAUCAAUGUGGAAGGCGCUUUCAUUGUAGACGAAGAGACGUGCGAUAGAAAUGGAGAAGGCAGCGAGUUCGUACACUGGGAACACAAGGACAUCCGCUUGCCUCAUCACACUGAUGUGGUCAGCCAUGUCGCGCUCGAUAUUGGGGGCUCCUUAGCAAAGCUCGUAUACUUCUCCCGCGAACCCGGCUCAACCCAUGGCGGUGGCCGCUUGAAUUUUGUCAACUUCGAAACGGAUCGCAUUGACCUUUGCAUUGAUUUUAUUCAAGAGCUGAAACAAACGCAAUCCAAGCUGAAUGGGUCAACGCCGCAGCAGUUGUGCGUGAUGGCAACAGGAGGCGGUGCUUUCAAGUUCUACAACAGGAUGAAAGAGGUCUUGCAUGUGGAUGUGAUUCAAGAGGAUGAAAUGGAAUGUCUCAUUAUCGGUCUGGACUUUUUCAUCACCGAGAUACCCGGUGAGAUCUUCACGUACAGCGAGGACGAACCAAUACAGUUUGUCGAAGCUCGUGCCGAUGUAUAUCCGUACCUCCUCGUCAACAUUGGAUCAGGAGUCUCCAUGGUGAAGGUAUCAGGCCCUGGAGAGUUCCAGCGCGUGGGUGGAACUUCAUUGGGUGGUGGAACCUUCUGGGGAAUCCUCUCCCUCCUGACUGGCGCUCGAACCUUCGAUGAGAUGCUCACUCUCGCCGGAAAAGGGGACAACAGCGGCGUCGACAUGCUUGUUGGCGACAUUUAUGGGACCGGUUAUAGCAAGAUUGGACUCAAGAGCACAACCAUCGCGAGUACUUUUGGUAAAGUUUUUCGAAUGAAGAGACUCGCAGAGCGGCACGCCGAGGAUGGAGAGGGAUUGUACAAUGGCGACCCACACGGUGAUGGUGACGACCGUCUCCAUGGUUUCAAAACGGAAGAUAUGGCGCGAAGUUUGCUGUAUGCAAUCUCCAACAACAUUGGACAAAUCGCCUACUUGCAAUCCGAGAAGCACAAUCUCAGAAAUAUAUACUUUGGAGGGUCCUUCAUCCAAGGCCACACGCAGACGAUGAACACGCUCUCUUAUGCCAUCAAAUUUUGGUCCAAAGGCGAGAAACAAGCCUAUUUCCUUCGUCACGAAGGCUACCUUGGUGCAGUCGGAGCAUUUCUGAAGCGACAACCCAAAAAUUGGGGUCGGCGGAACAGUUUCGAUGACCUUAAGCUGGGAAGAGCUCUCUCCAAGGAUUGAACUAUGCAAUGACGAUCGAUGCGCUAUCAAUGUGCACGGCUAGUCGACGUCGGGUUCACCCGACACGAGCGAUGCCUCAGAGCCACAGCUGGAUAGACGGCGUGCAGACCGGGACACAUCUCAUCGAGCGACAACAUUGGUCCAUGGCCGCUUUCGAUCGCAGUUCCAGGGCGAUUCAGUCUGGAGCAAGACGCUUUGCAAGCAAGCUUGCAUCACCACGGCGUUUCCAAAGGCAAGGGGUCUGGCCACGGACGAGACACAAGAAAAUUCCAUGACGCUUCCAAGGGGCGGCGCCUGCCUCCCAGGGUGGAU